UGCCUGUUUGUGGUGGUGCGAUCGGCCCACGCGGUGACGCAAGCGCCUGGAGCCGGCGCCAUUGGCCAGGCGCGGAGGGGGAGUGUUGCCUGGAGAUGUGGCGCGCUAGGCGCAGGUUGGCGUCGGCGGCUGUCACUGCCGCGGCAGCCGGAGGAGAAGGUUUUGCGGCUCGCGCUUUCUCUUGUUCUUCUCUAGGGAGUCGUCCUUGCUGCUGCCUCAGUCACGGCGCGCGGGUUCUUCCGCAGCCUCUUCCUCCGUCGUCGCCGCGGCUUUCCUCCUUUGGCGUGAGGGGAAGGGGCGGGUGGAGGUCCGAGAACGGAGCGCGUGUUUUUAUUAGGAAGAUCAAUACUACAGUUAUGCCUGAAAUAAAUACAAAUGAACUGGAUGAACAGCAAGUACAGUUGCUGGCAGAGAUGUGCAUCCUUAUUGAUGAAAAUGACAACAACAUUGGUUCAGAUACCAAGAAAAACUGCCACCUGAAUGAAAACAUUGACAAAGGAUUGCUGCAUCGUGCAUUCAGUGUCUUCUUGUUCAAUACGGAGAAUAAACUGCUGUUGCAACAGAGAUCAGAUGCCAAAAUUACUUUCCCAGAUUGUUUCACCAACACUUGUUGCAGUCAUCCCCUAAAUACCCCACUUGAAGUGGAAGAAGAUAACGCAGUUGGCGUUAGAAGAGCAGCUCAGAGACGACUGACAGCAGAGUUAGGAAUUCCAGUGGAACAGGUAACGCCGGAAGAAAUCUUCUACUUAACCCGAAUUCACUACAAAGCCCAGUCUAAUGGGACCUGGGGAGAACAUGAAAUAGAUUACAUCCUAUUUGUGCAAAAGAAUGUGACCCUGAAUCCAGAUCCCAAUGAAAUUAAAAGCUACUGUUAUGUGACACAGGAAGAACUGAAAGAACUUCUGGAAAAGGCAUCCCAAAAUGAAAUCAAGAUUACUCCAUGGUUCAAACUGAUUGCAGAGACUUUUCUCUUUAAAUGGUGGGAUAACUUGAAUAAUCUGAAGAAAUUUGUUGAUUAUGAUAAAAUUUACAGAAUGUAAGUGAGUAGAAUAUGCUGAUCUAAAAUGAUAUAGUAGUGUUUAGUUUUUAAUACUGAUAAGGGCAUAUCUGAAAUACCAUUUGUACAGUUGGUUGCAACAUAAGGAUUGAAAUAGGAACAAAUCCUUUGAGGAUGAAGGGAAUUUGCUUUUACAUCCGGCAUGACCUGGAUGGCUGCUUGAUAAAACUUGAGUUUCCUUUGCCUUUCA